UCCCAUCAUCAUUCGAAUCUCAGCUGCUCCAGCAUCAUUUCUAAAGUUCUUCAGUACAUAAUAAUAGAGUCGAAAAUGCUCUCUCUGGUGUUUGCCCUGGGUUGCCUGCUGGUGGGCGUGAACAGCCAGGGUGCUGUCUCCAUGGGCGUGAACUCGGACGGUAGCAGCAGCUUCGGCGCCAAGCUGCCCUUGGUGACCGGUGGAGGGAACCAGCUCAGCGCGAUCGGACAGAUCGCUCAGCCCACUGGCGCUAUCACUAAGGGACUGGCUUUAGAUACUGCCGCCGGUCACGGGCUCUCCGUCUCGCACACCAACCUGCCGGGCUUCGGCUCGCAGCUGACGGGCGCGGGCCGGCUGGGGCUGGUGCAUUCCGGCAACCACCAGCUCGACGUCAACGCGUUCGCCACCAGGAACAUGCCCACCAAGUUCCCAGGCGCGCCCAACUUCAACACCGUGGGCGGCAACCUGGACUACAUGUUCAAGAACCGAGUGGGCGCGACGCUAAGCGCAUCGCACACGCCGUUCCUGCAGCGCACCGACUACUCGGCCAUGGGCAAGCUGAACCUGUUCCAGUCGCCGAGCACCCGCUUCGACGUCAACGCCGGCCUGCAGCGCUCCAUCACGCCGCAGUUCAGCCAGACACAGCCCUUCGGAGGGUUCAGCCUCACCAAGUUCUUUAAGAGGCGCUAAUUCUAUGUUAAAGACUGUCAAAGUUGAUGUACCGUUGUAGGUACCUUUGUAUUUGGUUAGCUUACAUUUGGUAUUAUAGUAUUGUAAAUAUUGUCAUUUAAAAUAAAUUGUACUUUUAAAUCAAA